AUGGAGGUUCUGGGUGUAGGUCGUAGGAAGGCAUUGCUGAUUGGAAUAAAUUAUUUCGGGACACGUAAGGAGCUUAAUGGAUGUGUGGAUGACGUGUAUCGUAUGAAGAACUUGAUAACGAGCGUAUUUGGCUUCGUUGAUGACCCUUUGUGCAUGACAUUGCUAACUGACCGGCCUGGUUACAACAAGAGAUUAUCCCCUUCACGUCGUAACUGUUUGGGUGCUAUGCGUUGGUUGGUGAAGGAUAGUGGUCCGGGUGACUUGUUAUUUUUCCAUUAUAGUGGUCAUGGUGGUCAGAAGAGGAAUACGAAGGGUACUGAGUUAACUGGGUUUGAUGAAACCAUUAUGCCGCUGGAUUACAAGACGGCGGGCCAUAUUACGGAUGAUGAAUUGAACAAUGUUUUGGUUAAGGAUCUGCCCGCCGGAGUCCGUCUUGUCUGUGUUAUGGACUGUUGUCAUAGCGGCUCCGGUCUAGACCUACCAUAUUACUGGCCCAUCGAUGCCCACUUCAAAGAAAAUAUUAAGAAGGGAGCACAGGUAUGGACACGAGAACUCUACCCCAAAAUGUCUGACGCACAUGUCAUACUCAUCUCCUCAUGCCAAGAUACAGAGACUGCUGCAGACCUACUCAUACCCGGCUGGGGGGCAGGUGGCGCCGUCACUCUAGGUCUCGUUACAACCAUAACCAAUGCGUCCAACCCCCACCAAGUCUCCUUCUACGAACUUGCUAAAACGCUACGCAAAUUCCUCUCAGACCGAAAAUUCACACAGUCGCCACAAAUAUCUACCACCCAACCUUUCGAUCCCAUGCAACGAACCUUUGACUUCUCCUAA